AUGCAAGCUAGGUCUCAGACAGUAGUGAGGAGAUGGGGUCAGGAGGGUCAAAAGAUGAGGCUCCACAGACUAGUCAAGAACCCAGGAACACAACAUCACAGAGCCAAGAGGCCCGUGACAUUCAUUACAAGGCAACUGAGACCACCACAGAAUUGAAGCUCCCUCAUGCCUACGAAGAUAUUGUGAAAGAUGCAGAUUCACCAGUUGACAAGUCCUCUACAGAGAAGCUCUAUCAUCAGCUUCAUGCUGGAGUAUUCUUGAACCAGAAGAGGAAGAAGUAUUGGGUUGAAGAAAAGUCUAACAGCAACUGCUUCAUGUUAUUUGCACGGAAUCUCUCAAUCACUUGGUCCGACGACAAACGUUAUUGGCACUGGCCCUAUCUAAAAGAAACCAAUGAUGUGUUUGUUGACGUUGCGGAGCUGCUAAAUGUCUGCUGGCUGGAAGUUCAUGGAAAAUUUGAGACAGUAAAGCUGUCACCAGGAGUUGGCUAUGAGGUUAUAUUUGUUAUAAUGUUGAAGGAUCCUGGUGAUGGGUGGGAAGUUCCAGUGAACAUUAGACUUGUUCUCCCAGAUGGAAAAAAGCAAGAACACAAAGAAAGCUUCAAGGAAAAGGCAAGGGGACAAUGGAUAGAGAUCCCAGUAGGGCAGUUUGAGAUGUCACCAGAUAAGGUUGGAGAAAUUGAAUUCUCUCUGUAUGAAUAUGAAGGCGGGAAGUGGAAGAGAGGGCUAGCAAUUAAAGGUGUUGCCAUUCGGCCAAAAAUCUGAAAUAUUACAACGUCGAUCCAAUAAUUUUAACCACACAUACAUGCAGUUUUCUAUUUACCUUCUAAUGCAACUGUUUCAGAAACAUGUUAUGAAUAACCAGAAGUACUAGAGUGCUUCAUAAUACAAUACGACUGUCCAAAAAGAUAAAAUAAAAUAAAAUAAAAUAAAUCUUUAAUUUCUUUUA